AUGGAACUUGAUUAUUCUAGUCCCUUUGAAGAUCCAAUUCUAGAAAGUUACUUUGCUAGAAUGAAUCUUUCUACAACUGGUAGAUGCUCUCAUUCUUCUAAUGAACAACAGCGAUCUUUCAACACGACGAGGAGUGCUGAUCAGUACUCACUUGCUGCUGGUCACCCCUCAUACCAGAAUAGCUCCCAAAAUGGGACCACAUAUAUGGAGCAAUAUCCUUAUUUUUCCAACAUUAGAAACAAUAAUGGAGGCUGCGGCUAUGAUCAGAAUGUCCGAGAUCAAGACUACUAUGAUAGGUUUGCGCUGCAUUCUUUCCCCAGCACCUCCCAAAAUGGGACCGGAUAUAAGGUGCAUCCUUCUUUUUCCAACAUCGGAAACAAUAAUGGCAUCCUCGGCUAUAAUCAAAAUAUCCAGGACCAAGACUGCCGAGAUAGGUUUGCACUGCAUUCUUUUUCCAACUUCGGAAAUAAGCAUGGGAGCACUUCGCGCGCGAGUAUACGUAGUCAGUCUUAUGAUGCGCUUGAUCAUUAUGGAUUAUGUCUUGGUAGAAUACUCGAUGCUGAUUGCACAAUACUUGAUACUGGCUCUCAAUUUAGAAGAGUAAGAUCGUUAGAAUCUGCAAAGUCAGAUACUCUGAGGGUUUCUUCUUUGCCUAAUUCCCCAGUUUUUCAAUCAGAUCACCCAUCACUAUAUAAACUAAAAGGCAGAGUGGCUGUGGCAGCAAGAAGUCAAAGUCUGUAUCGGGUCUUGCAGGGCGUCCUUGAUGAGAGGAAGCCAGAUCUAAUUGAGAUGAUUUUCUUGGAAGUGAAAGAUUAUGUACAUGACUUAAUGGAAGAUCAGUUUGGUAAUCAUGUUAUUCAGAAGCUUUUUGAACCCCUCAUCAAAGAAAUAGCAGAAAGUUUUCUUGACAUUGCAAUGGAUAAAAGCGGAUGUUGUAUAUUGAACCGAGCUUUGGAUUGUGCACAAGGGGAGCUUAAGCGGCAUCUUUUGCUUGAAACAAUAUCAAAUGCAAUGCUACUCUCGGAAAGUCCUUUUGGGAAUUAUGUCGUGCAACAUGUACUCGACGAACGCAUACAGCAUGCAACAAUCGGGAUACUAGAGAAGCUAAAAGGAUAUUUUGUGUCUCUCUCCAUGAACAAGUUUGGAAGUAAUGUAGUGGAGAAAUGUUUGAUAUGGAGCGGGGAGGAGAAUGCUUCAAUGAUUAUCAAGGAGUUUAUGCACAGCCCUUACUUUGUGAACAUCUGCCGUAAUAAUUUCGGGAACUAUGUUGUUCAAAAGGCACUAGAAGUAUCAAAGGGAGGCAUUCGCAAUGCUCUUGUCAGUCGCAUAAAUGAUUCCUAUCCAGAUCUGCACAGUGAUAUUAAUGCAAAAAGGGUGGUCAGGAAAGCUCGAGAUAUCAGGUACCGGAUAUAA